UGAUGCCACUAUAGCCGUCAGGUAGUAGCGAACCCGACCAGCUGACUGGCGUACAGUACCUGUUGAACGUGAGCGUAGCGAACACCGUUCGGUCUGUGAAUGUUAGUCUGUGCGCUGACACAAGGCGGUAUGGAGGACAUUGCCGUGCAACUCUUCAAACUGGGGGACAGGGAACACAAAGGGUUCAUUGUCAAACGAGACAUGCAGAGGCUGCAGAGUGAGGUGUCACUUCCACCGGACCAAUUGGAGGCUGUGUUUGAAUCCCUGGACUCUUCUCACAACGGAUACCUCACACUGGAUCAGUUCCUAGCAGGAGUCAGUCAGUAUACAACUUUGCAUGAUCAUUUUGGCAGCGAUGGAGAAACAGACAGCCGAUCUGACAGUGAGUCAGAUGUUCCCAUACAGCGACUUCUCAGCCUCAAUGUGCUUCACAAGAGUGGAGAGCUGAUGUGUGAGGUGCGAGGUCUGGUGGGCAGUGAGGACACCUGGCAUCAGUUGCUGGCUGCUCUCUUUUCAGACCUAAACCAGCUACUAAGACAGAUCUCCCAACUGGAGGACACUUUGAGAGCUCGGGACCACAGACACCAAGAAGAGCUACAGAGGUUGUAUGAGGAGCUGGAGAGCCAACUUACUGAAGAGAGAGACAGGCUGCACAAACAACUCUGUCAAAAAGAGGCAGUUUUGAGGACAGAGCUUACAGCAGAGCUUGCCGCCAAAGAACAACAGAUAGCAGAGCUUACAGAGCAACGAGAUGAACUCCAAGAGAGACUGCGAAUAGCUCACAGUCAGCUGAGUUCCAGCCUUCGACGCCCAUCACAGGGGAAAACUCAGGAUGGACCAGGAAGAGAAAGUGGGCAAUCACAGCAAUCUCAAGACUGUAUCAGACAUAGGGCUGAGAUGCGUGCGGAACGCAGCUACGCAGAAGGCUUUAGCCAUGCUCACCAGCUCGCAACACUACAUGAAGAAGGUUUAGUGAAACAACUGAGGCUUCUACAAGAAAUGCGAGAAAACCUUAGAUCUGGACAAAAGGAAGAAAAGCAGAGGAUGUUCAGCUAUGAUGAUCUCUAAUAAACAAUUAUUUAAUCAUUA